AUGGCCAAAAAGAGAACUAGAACCAAAACUAGUAUUUCUAAGCGAAGAAUACAAAACGCAUUAGAGUUAGCUACUCGAGAAGUCGGCGGCGACAAUGAUAGCUCUGGGGAAUACAGUAAUGACCGUAAACGCAAUGGAACAAUUAUAAAUGCGCAAGGUCAGAUUACUGAUGACGAAGAAGGCGAUUUUGAGGAUGAAGAUAUUGAUUCAGAUGAGGCUUUUGGUUCAGAUGAGGAUAUUGAUGUCUUAAACUCAAAGUUUUCGCAGACUAUUAGAGAUAAGAAAAAGGACGGGACAUAUGUAGCAGAUGAGUUUGACGAAGAAGGAGGUUAUACCUCUAUUGAUGAGGAUGAUUUAAUGCCUCUAUCUGCUGUUUGGGACAUGGAUAAGAACAUGGCCUCUGAAGCUUCCAGCUCUGAUGAAAGGGCCAUUGGUGACCUGGAAUUGAACGAUGACAUACCAACGUCUUCAGAUGAUGAUGAUGAGGAAAGUGAGGAAGAAGAGGAAGAGGAAGAGGAAGAAGAUAACCCUUUCAAUGAGAUUUUAGAAGAAGAUGUAGAUUUACCCACUGUUGCCCAAUCUUUGAAGAAGCCGGCUGAGAAGCUGUAUAGAAAGUUGGACACUUAUGCAGGAGGACUAGAAAAUGAAUUUGCCUUACCUUCGGCCCAAGGCCCUGAAAAGCUAGAUAUCUCUAAGAUGCUUUCAGUUGUCGAUGACCAGGAGGCCGUUCAAAAUGCAACCCUAUUGAAAGGAGAUCUUAAGGCACUAGAUGUUCCAUUACCGCAGCGUAUCCAGAAGAGGCACGAGCGAAAGGCCGCAUAUGAAAUUUCAAAAGACGAAGUUAGCAGAUGGAGUGAGGUUGUUCAAACUAAUCGAAAAGCUGAACAUUUAUCUUUCCCUUUGAAUGGUGCGACAAGACACGAUAAUACCACUGCUUUCAUCCGUUCUUCGGAGAAAGAAUUGACAGAAGUUGAGACCAAGGUGAAUGAAGUUCUAAAACAAAGUAAUCUAGUAGAUACAAAGAAAGAAUCUACAUUUGAAGAGAUCGCUGUACCAGAGAUGUCCCCUGAAGAUAUGAGAAAAAGAACAGCAGAACUAAGAUUAAUGAGAGAAUUAAUGUUUAGAGAAGAAAGGAAAGCAAAGAGAAUUAAGAAGAUCAAAUCGAAAGCAUACCGCCGUAUCAAGAAAAAGGAGCUGUUGAAAAGUAAGGAACUAGUGGAAUCUGACGAAAGUGCCGAUGAUCACGAUGUUGCUAGAGCAAAAGAAAGAAUGACUUUAAAGCACAAGACACAGUCGAAGUGGGCUAAGGAUAUGAUAAAACAUGGGAUGACACAAGAUAAAGAGACCAGAGAAGAAUUGGAAGAAAUGUUGCAACAGGGCGAGCGUUUAAGAGCCAAAAUAACGGGCCAAGACGAUAAGGAUGAGUAUAGCGCCACCUGUGCUAGCGACAUCGAGAGGGAUGAAGAAGCUUACGAUAAAAAAGAUGAAUUCCAAAAAGGUAAAAGCAUUGGAAAGACCGGUGUUCUGAAUAUGGCAUUUAUGAGAAAUGCAGAGGCCAGAGAAAGAGAAGAAAAUGAAAAGAACAUGUCUAUGCUACGAGCUGUUGAACGAGGAGAGGAUAUUAAGUUAUUUAAAGAUGAUAUCCAAGAAAAUUUGAAUAUUCAGACUAACCAGGGCAGAAGGGUUUAUAAACCCACACCAUUGGAUAAGCAUUUAGAGGAUGUUUCAUUUAAUAGAGAAGUAUCAGUUCAGCAUAAGGAAGAAGAAUCCAGAACCUUAAAAAACCGCCUGACAAGUGCACAUGAACGCAAAGCUCUUAAUAAAUUGAAUCGUAGUAAAGCAACUGCUACAGAAGAUAGAGCCCAAGAAGUCUCAAAAGAGGGCAGUAUUGAAGCGAAUCCAUGGCUAGAUGGCAGCGAUGAUGAGGAAUAUGUCCAAAAGUCAUCGAAGGUCAAUGUGGUUGAUAAAAGUAGUUCUCAAUUUACGAAAACAGCACACAAGAUUGAGAAAGAAAAGCAGAAAGUGUCCAAGUCCACUAAGAAAGGAAAAGAUCAUGAGGAAUUGCUACUUGAUAUUGAACACUCUAACAGGCUGGAAAUACUUGACCCUUAUGGUGGUUCUGAUGAUGAAAAGGGAGAAUUUACUUUUAAACAGCAAGAUGUUAUUAGCGAAGCCUUUGCUGGCGAUGAUGUGGUAGCAAAGUUCGAACAAGAGAAAAAAAGAGUGACUAUUGAUGAAGAUGAUAAACAAGAAGAUAUAACACUCCCUGGCUGGGGCGAUUGGGCUGGCGCGGGUGCGAAAACGAAGAAGAGGAAGUUUGUCAAAACUAUUAAAGGUGUUGUAGGGAAGGAUAAGAGAAGGGACAAGAAUUUGAAAAAUGUUAUUAUCAAUGAGAAAGUAAACAAGAAAAAUUUGAAAUAUCAGUCUUCUGCUGUUCCUUUCCCAUUUGAAUCCAGAGAGCAAUACGAACGAUCUUUGAGAAUGCCAUUGGGCCAGGAAUGGACCCCGAGAACAUUGCAUCAGAAAAUGAUCAAGCCAAGGAUUUUGACUAAACCAAGUCAAGUCAUUCACCCAUUAGAGGCACCUUUUAAAUAG